AUGUUCACAGACCAAACAGAGCUUCAGCACAGUGACCUGGAGGAUGAGGCUGAUGGUCCCAUGGACAAGCCUCCUGAUGCGUGUGCUGAAGUGUCUGAUGAAGAGGAGCUAGAGCCGACCUCCACAAAGGCCCAGAAAAACAAACGGACCAAGAGGUUAGAUGCGUGUGCUGAAGUGUCUGAUGAAGAGGAGCUAGAGCCGACCUCCACAAAGGCCCAGAAAAACAAACGGACCAAGAGGACAGAUGAAGCUUCUAGAAACCCUGGAGUGAGGAGGAGAGCCGUGGAGAAGAGGAUGGGGAAGUACCUGGCUCUGUGUGCUGUGCCUCACACAGGAGUCUGCAGCCCUCAUCAACAGAACCUGGAAGGACCUCAAGUACUUUGUGUAUAA